GGCGCCCUCAGAAGUUUAGUAGCUUCACUUCGUGUUCAUACAAAUAUAGUAGAUUUCUACAAUUAUUUAGAAAUAAUUCAAAUUUGAGGUUAUGUCAAUUAACCUAUAAAAUUUGAAUAUAAACAUGUCCAACCCUCAAGAGAAACGGCAUUUUACCAAUGAAGAAUGGUCAUCCCUGACCAAAUACUUUGUAGGCAACAAUUAUAGGUAUAGAGAAAACAUAAUAAUUCCAAAAAACUUGGGUCCGGUCCAAAUCAAGAGCAAUGAGGAAAAAAUGGUCGAGUCUUUCUUUGAAAGCUGUUUUUUCAAAUCUCUCAUGAGCUGCGUUGUAGGAUAUGGACUGGGUGCCGCUAUAGGAUUGUUUUCUUCUAGUAUGGGGCCUGCUUCUAUCUCAGAUACAGAGCAAACUGCGAGGCAGGUUUUUAAAGAAAUGAAAACGACCACGCUGGGUUACGCUAAGAAUUUUGCUCUUAUAGGUGCCUUGUUCUCAGGAGUAGAAUGUGCUAUAGAAACUGCAAGAGGUAGAUCUGAUUGGAAGAACGGAACAUAUGCUGGCGCGGUUACUGGUGGUUUAAUCGGUUUGAGAGCUGGCGUUAAAGCUGGUAUUGUUGGGGCUGCGGGUUUUGCAGCGUUUUCCACAGCGAUAGACUACUACAUGCACUCCAGGUUUUAAAAAUUAUAUGGUACAGUAAAGUAGUAAGAUUUUGUAAAUAUAAUAUAAGUGAGAUUUUUUUUGAACGACUGCCUUGUAAUUACAUAUAUAAAAAAAUAUACAAUAGUGUUUUUUUAUU